UUUGUUUUUUAAAGUAGUUUUGCUUAUCUGAUACUGCUGAUUAUUCUUUCUAUUGGCAUUAUUAGUGCUUAGCUGGUCAAUGAUCUCUUGGUUUUGUUCUUUGAGUUUAGUGAAGAAGGAAAGAAUGUGGUAAUAUUUUAAAGAGUGAUGAACAGAGAAAACAGUGAACGUGCUCUUCUUUGUCUGGAUUCUCUAUAUUCUAACUGAACUUCACGCUUGCAGAGAUAUAGAGAAAGAAAGGAAGAAAGAGAGAGAAUAGGAAGAAGAGGGUAUUUUACAUUUUCAUGAUUAUAGUAAAGUUUUUCACUUUUUUUUCUUAUAUUUUUUAUUGCAUUCAGAUCCUCAAGCCUCAUUGUUAAUUCUAAAGCAGACUCUUGAGGAAGAGAGAGGCUUUUUUUUCCCAUUUUCUUUUAGAGCCCUUUUGGGAAUUUGAGCUUUGUCCGUCUUUUGAUGGCAGCUGCAAGACAUGCUGCUUGUUCCACGAGGGGGGAAUUUGAUGGAUAAGCUUUGAUUUAGUCUUGUUUUGUUCUGUUUUUUUUUUUUUUAAAGAAGGGGAAAUAAUUUGCGUGCUGAUAUUUGAUUGUGGGUUUUGGGGUGUCUGAUUAUUAGUCACACAAAACAAUGUUGUAAGAAAGAGCCCUUUUUAUUGUAUUGCACAAAAAGGUGAAGAGUCUCAAAAGACUGCACAUCCUCUGAGGAAAGUCAUGAUUCUGCCUCAUGUGUUUAUGAAUUAUAUAAGUAUCUUUUCUUGGUUGCUUGCUUUCUUGAGGUAAGGGAUAUGAUGUGGAGAAGAGUUGAACAGAGAGGAAGUGAAAGUGAAGAUAGGCUGCUGCUGCUGUGAUGGGGCAGAAGACGCAGCAAAGUCAUCACAUGGUGGCUGUGACGGUGAAUGAACAGUUGGGGACAAAGAGGAAGUACAAGUUCUUCCCAAGAGCUUGGCUUCCUAAAAUUUUGGCACUUUGGAUUGUACUUGUGUUGUUUGGUAGUAGAACUAUAUAUACAAGAUUGGAUGCUGUAACCAAGGAAAGAAGGAAGGAGAUUCUUGUGAGUAUGUGUGAUCAGAGGGCAAGGAUGUUACAAGAUCAAUUUAGUGUUAGUGUUAAUCAUGUCCAUGCCCUUGCAAUCCUGAUUUCCACCUUUCAUUAUCUCAAGAACCCUUCUGCAAUAGAUCAGAACACCUUUGCCGAGUAUGCAGACAGAACGGGUUUUGAAAGGCCAUUGUUUAAUGGGGUAGCUUAUGCACAGAAGGUUGUGAAUUCUGGGAGGGAAGAGUUUGAGAGGCAGCAUGGAUGGAUUAUAAGGACAAUGAAAGGGGAGCCUUCUCCUAUUAGAGAUGAGUAUGCCCCUGUGAUAUUCUCUCAAGAUACGGUGUCGUAUAUUGGAUCACUGGAUAUGAUGUCUGGGGAGGAAGAUCGUGAAAAUAUCUUGAGGGCUAGAAAUACAGGAAAGGCUGUUCUUACAAGCCCUUUUAGACUGUUGGGUUCUCACCAUCUUGGGGUUGUUUUGACGAUUCCUGUUUACAGAACUGAGCUCUCCCCAAAUCCCACAAAGGAGGAACGUAUCCAAGCAACUGCAGGGUAUCUAGGUGGAGCCUUUGAUGUUGAAUCUCUUGUCGAAAAUUUACUAAGUCAACUUGCUGGACAUCAAGCUAUUGUGGUGAAUGUUUAUGAUGUUACCAACUCUUCUGAUCCUCUAAUUAUGUAUGGAAACCAGUAUGAAGUUGGAGACAUGGCUCCUGAGCAUGUCAGCAGGCUUGACUUUGGGGAUCCUUAUCGUAAGCAUGAGAUGAUGUGUAGAUAUCUUCAGAAAGCUCCAACACCAUGGUCUGCACUGACCACCGCAAUGUUGGCCUUUGUGGUUGGCUUUUUAGUUGGAUAUAUUAUAUAUAGUGCUGCAAUUCACAUUGUCAAGGUUGAGGAUGACUUCCAUCAGAUGCAGGAACUGAAGGUUCGAGCAGAGGCUGCUGAUGUUGCCAAAUCGCAGUUUCUAGCAACUGUUUCUCAUGAAAUAAGGACUCCAAUGAAUGGUAUUCUUGGAAUGCUCGCUCUUCUUCUGGACACAGAUUUGAGUGCAACUCAGAAGGACUAUGCUCAAACUGCUGAAGCCUGUGGAAGGGCACUUGUAAAAAUAAUAAAUGAAGUGCUUGACCGUGCAAAAAUUGAAGCUGGGAAGUUGGUACUGGAGACAGUUCCUUUUAACCUUCGCUCGAUACUGGAUGAUGUUGUUUCUUUAUUUUCUGAGAAGUCCAGGCGGAAAGGAAUUGAGUUGGCAGUUUUUGUUUCUGAUAAUGUUCCUGAAUUUGUCAUGGGUGACCCAGGAAGAUUUCGACAGGUGAUCACAAACCUUGUGGGAAAUUCUGUCAAAUUUACCGAGCAAGGUCAUGUAUUCGUGAAAGUCCAUCUAGUUGAACAAGCAAAAGCUGUUGUGGAUGCAAAAAUGAUAAACUGCAUGAAUGGAGAAUCUGAGGGUGUACUUGGUGAUCAUCAAUUUCAAACUUUAAGUGGCUAUGAAGCUGCAGAUAACCAAAACAAUUGGCAUACUUUUAAGCAUUUGAUUGCAGAUGAAGCCACUGGGUAUCAUGAUUCCAGUAAAUUGAAGACUGAUGAUGCUUCUCAGAAAGUCAGUUUGUCAGUUUGUGUUGAGGAUACUGGAAUUGGGAUUGCAUUGCAUGCACAAGAUCGCAUUUUCACACCAUUUAUGCAGGCUGACAGCUCAACAUCCAGAAAUUAUGGAGGAACUGGUAUUGGGUUGAGUAUUAGUAAGUGCUUGGUUGAGCUGAUGGGUGGUCAGAUAAACUUCAUUAGCCGGCCAAAAAUUGGAAGUACAUUCUCAUUCACAGUUGACUUCCGAAGAUGUGAGAAAUAUGCUGUCAGUGACCUGAAAAAAUCCAUCUCUGAUGAUCUGCCUUCAGCAUUUAAAGGUUUUAAGUCCAUUCUGGUUGAUGCCAAACCAGUUAGAGCUGCUGUGACAAGAUACCAUCUCAAGAGACUAGGUAUCCAGGUUGAAAUUGUCAAUAGCAUCAGGAUAGUGGCUGAUCUUUUCCGGAAGAAUGGUUCCAUUAUUCCUCUAAAUGAAAGGCUGCCAGACAUGAUUCUAGUUGAGAAAGAUUCAUGGAUGUCUGAUGAGGAUGGUUGUUCUGGUUUACAACUAUUGAACCGCAAACAGAAUGGCCACACUUAUAAAGAGCCCAAAAUGAUCCUUCUAGCGACCAAUAUUAGCAAUGGUGAAUUUGACAAGGCUAAAGCAGCAGGCUUUGCAGAUACUGUGAUAGUGAAACCUUUGAGAGCGAGUAUGGUGGUUGCAUGCCUUCAACAGGUUUUGGGAUUGGGGAAGAAGAUUCCAGGAAAGGACAUGUGCAAGGGAUCUACUUUCCUUCGUGGUCUGCUCGAUGGCAAGAAAAUAUUGGUUGUUGAUGAUAACAUUGUAAACCGCAGAGUUGCUGCUGGUGCCCUCAAAAAAUUUGGGGCUAUUGUUGAGUGUGUUGAGAGUGGUAAAGCUGCUAUUAAGAAGCUUGAGCUGCCACAUAGUUUUGAUGCUUGCUUCAUGGAUAUACAGAUGCCGGAAAUGGAUGGUUUUGAAGCGACUCGUCUUAUUAGAGACAUGGAAAAAAAUGCCAAUGAGCAGUGGAAUGUCGGAUGCGUCAAUAAUGAUGAAGCCACAAAGAGACGUGCAUGGCAUCUGCCAAUACUGGCCAUGACAGCUGAUGUGAUCCAUGCCACCUUAGACAAAUGCUUGGAAAGUGGAAUGGAUGGCUAUGUCUCAAAGCCAUUCGAGGAAGAAAACCUUUAUCGGGAAGUUUCGACAUUCUUUGAGUCCAAACCUCUCCCAGACUCGGUAGUGUGACUUCCUCCUGAUUGCAGUAAAGGCAACCGUAAAGCUAUAAAGCUCCCAGCAAUUUUCCAAGCUCUGCUGGCUUCGUCUUGUUGGUAUCCAUGGUAACCAUGGUAACCAUUCCAAUGAAUAUCCCUUGCAUAUUCAAACUUUGUUCGACCAGCACGACUUACAGGUUUGGAUGCUAACCAAGAUUUAACCUUUGAUUUAGGUUCCUCAGUAUAACUACAGUUCUAGAGUUACCUCCCUCCCCGCUUGUAACUAUGUUAGAAGGGGAGGAGGCCUAAAGCUGAUAAAUCUAAUUUGUUGUAUGAUUGUAUUGACACUUUCCACAAUGGAGCUGUUCAGUUCCCUGUUUUAUGCAAGUAUCACUGCAUUAUAUUCUUUUUA